AUGACUGGAACAGUUGAGGAAAAGGAAAAAGGACAGCUUGCUAGUCAUGAAAUUCACAAGGAUGAGUGGAGACGAAUGCGGCUCCCACAAGGGUUGAGCCUAGCUCAUGUGAAACGAUGGCAAGGUCUCAUACGAUCAAAUCAUAUCAGAGCUGGUGAUAAAAGGAAAAAGAGUAACAAAAACGCAAAGGGAAGAAAAAACAGGAUUAUAGAUACAAUGACCUGCUUCAACAUGCAAGUAGUGUGGGUGCUGGAAAAAGGGACUUGCCUAUCGACAAAAAAGUUAGCAGAUAGACAAAAAUUGGAAUCAGAGAUUGAACGUCUUGAGUCACUGAUAGAAACAAUUAAAGUAAAAGAUGGGAGCAGUUUGGAUCAUUUUGAAAAGAUAGAAGAUUUACAAAAUCAUCUAAAGGAUAAGAAUGAUGAAAUGGAAAGUUUGCAAGACAUGAAUCAACAGCCAUUGGUUUUUCAAAGAAAACAGGAAUUGAAAUGUUUGAUCCAUGUUGUUGAAUCUUUUGUAAAUUUUAUUGAGAAAUAUAAUGUCAAAGAAAGAAUCCUUAGAGAAUGCUUUUGCAGUGACAGCAAAUGCCUGGAAGAGGCAGCAGGGUUAACAAGUACAUUUAAUGAGAAUAUGCUUAAAAAACGAGAAAAAUUUAAAGGUGCUACAUCAGGUCUGUCACUGGCUCUACAACAACUGGCCUCUGAAGCUGAAAAGGCUAAGAAAGAGGCCGAAGCAAUGAGAGAAGAAGCUCAAAAGGCAAGGUAUGAAUCUGAUCAAGCAAAGGCAACUGUUACAGCCAUUGAGAAUAAAUUGCAAGAUGCUUUAAAGGAGGCUGAGGCAGCUAAAGUAGUAGAGAUAGUAGCAAUUGAGAGAAUAAAAGCACUCUCUGAGAAAACAAAUGCUGCACGAGCUUCUACUUCAGAUUCUGGUGCUGGGAUCACAAUUUCACAAGAUGAGCAUGAUUCCUUAAAUAGGAGGGUUAAAGAAGCAGAUGAACUUGCAGAUAUGAAGGUGGGUGCAGCUAUGGCUCAAGUUGAUACAGUAAAAGCAAGUGAACAGGAAAUCUUGAAGAAAUUGCUAAUUGCGAAUCGAGAAAUUGAAGAACUGAAGUCCGUAGAAGCACAAGCAUUGCAAAAGGCAGAGAUGGCUGAAGCAGCCAAGAAAGCAGUUAAAGGUGAGCUAAGGAGAUGGAGAGAGCAUGAACAACGGAAGAGGUCUGUAAAAUUUGAAACUGCACAAGAGUUAACAAACACUGGAAACAAUGAUUCUUCCGGGUCAUUCAUACAAAAUAAAUCGAUUCACCCCGAAUCACUUGCUAAGGUGCUGAAUAUAAAGAUUCCUUCUCCUGGACAACUACAGGGUGGACAAUCUGUUGAUGCCUAUGUUUCUCAGAAAAAGAAGAAACAUCUCAUUCCCAACAUUCGGCGCAUAUUUAGUAGAAACAAAAGUCAAUUGAAUGAUAGUUCUCUUAAAAAUCAGUUUUGA